GCCACCGGCGCUAUGGCAGUGUGAGGAGUAAAUGGCUCAGAGUAUCCGCGGUGGAAACCGACCUAAACAGUGGCCUGGGAACCGAUAAACAAACACAACAAACGCGCGGUGCGUAAAAAGCUCUCCACGGCGCCGGGUCCGGGUGCGCACGGAAACUGUGCCAAUUGUCCAAUAAAGCCAAGAAGACUCCGAGGUUUUUCUCCUCCUUUUUUGGUUGUUUAUUUUUGUGUGUGAGCGCCUGAACAACGAGGAUAUCUUAAUUGGACAUGUGAGUUACGGGAGUUAACAAGACUGAGCAGUCCCCCCCCCCCUUUUUUUCUCAAAGAUGAAGUUUCCAGCUUGCGUCCUCGUCACUUUGGUGGUGAUCCGAUCGAGUGCAGCGCAGUCAGUUUGCCCUGGCACAGAGAACAAGUUGAGCACUCUGUCUGACCUGGACCAGCAGUACCGCACCCUGAAGAAGCUCUUCGAAAACUGCGAAGUUGUCAUGGGCAACUUGGAGAUUACCAGCAUCGAUCGAAACCGCAACCUCUCUUUCCUCAAGUCAAUUAGAGAGGUGACCGGCUAUGUGUUGGUGGCUCUAAACCAGUUCGAAUACCUGCCUCUGGAGAAUCUACGGAUCAUCCGGGGCACCAAACUCUACGAAGGUCGCUACGCCCUGGCCAUCUUCCUCAACUACAGGCGGGAUGGUGCUCACGGCCUGAAGCAGCUGGGCCUGCGCAACCUCACAGAGAUACUGAAUGGAGGUGUGUACGUUGACCAGAACAAAUUCCUGUGCCACGCAGACACCAUCCAUUGGCGUGACAUUAUCAAGAACCCCCAGGCUGAGCUGCUGGUGGUACCGUCCAACAACAGCAACAAUGGAUGCAGACGCUGUCAUCGCUCGUGUAAUGGACGCUGCUGGGGCCCACAGGAAAACCAGUGCCAAACCUUGACAAAGACGGUGUGUGCAGAGCAGUGUGACGGUCGAUGCUUCGGCCCUUACGUCAGCGACUGCUGCCACCGCGAGUGUGCCGGCGGCUGCUCGGGCCCCAAGGACACGGACUGCUUUGCUUGCACCAAUUUUAACGACAGCGGAGCAUGUGUGACCCAGUGCCCUCAGCCGUUUGUGUACAACCCCACAUCUUUUCAGUUAGAGCACAACCCCAGAGCCAAGUACACCUAUGGAGCCUUUUGCGUCAAGAAAUGCCCACAUAAUUUCGUGGUGGACCACAGCUCCUGUGUUAGAGCUUGUCCCAGCAACAAGAUGGAAGUGGAGGAGAACCGCAUCAAGAUGUGCAUCCCCUGUACAGACAUCUGUCCUAAAGUGUGUGAUGGCAUAGGGACGGGCAGCCUGCAGACAGCUCAAACAGUGGACGCCAGCAACAUUGAUAAAUUUGUCAACUGCACCAAGAUCAACGGCAACCUCAUCUUCCUCAUUACUGGCAUUAAAGGGGACAUGUAUCAUGGUAUCGGACCUUUGGACCCCGAGCGCCUUAACGUGUUCCGCACUGUGAAAGAAAUCACAGGUUACCUCAACAUCCAGUCCUGGCCUGAGAACAUGACAGAUCUGAGUGUUUUUUCCAGCCUGGCAACCAUCGGAGGCAGAUCUCUUUACAGUGGAAGUGGCAUUUCUCUGUUGAUCCUGAAGCAGCGUUGGAUCUCCUCCCUCCAGUUCCAGUCGUUGGACGAGAUCAGCGCCGGCAACGUUUACAUCUUCAACAACAGUCGCCUGUGUUUCUACAACACUGUCAACUGGACGUCACUUUUCAGGACAUCGAGCCAGAAAGUCCUCAUCCGCAACAACCGAGAUCCAAAAGAAUGCAUUCAGCAGCGGAUGGUGUGUGACCGGAUGUGUUCAGACGACGGUUGCUGGGGCCCGGGGCCCAACCAGUGUCUUUCCUGUCGAUAUUUCCGACGAGGCCGCACCUGCGUUGAGACCUGCAACCUCUUUGAUGGGGAAGUGCGGGAAUUUGCCAAUGGAUCUGUGUGUCUGGAGUGUGACAGCCAAUGUGAGAAGAUGGAUGGGAACACCAUGACAUGUCUUGGCCAGGGCCCGGACCAAUGUGUAAAAUGUCUUCACUUCAAAGAUGGGCCCAACUGUGUGGAGAAGUGCCCCGACGGGUUGCAGGGAGCCAACAGUUUCAUCUUUAAAUACGCCAAGGCCAACAACGAGUGUCAUCCCUGCCAUGCCAACUGCACCCAGGGGUGCAUCGGGCCAAGACUUCAAGAUUGUGUUGGGAUGAUGGACAGGACACCCCUAAUAGCAGCUGGCAUUAUCGGAGGUCUAUUUAUCAUCGUCAUCCUGGCGCUCAGUGUGGCCGUUUAUGUUCGACGCAAAAGCAUCAAGAAGAAGAGGGCCCUGAGGCGAUUCCUAGAGACAGAGCUGGUGGAGCCCCUGACCCCCAGCGGGACGGCCCCUAACCAGGCUCAGCUGAGAAUCCUGAAAGAGACGGAGCUGAAGAGGGUCAAGAUCCUGGGUUCAGGAGCUUUUGGAACAGUCUACAAGGGCAUCUGGGUCCCAGAAGGUGAGACAGUGAAGAUCCCUGUGGCCAUUAAAAUCCUCAACGAGACCACCGGUCCUAAAGCCAACGUGGAGUUCAUGGACGAGGCCCUGAUCAUGGCCAGCAUGGAACACCCCCACCUAGUGCGUCUGCUGGGCGUCUGCCUGAGCCCCACCAUCCAGCUGGUCACCCAGCUCAUGCCCCACGGCUGCCUCCUCGACUAUGUGCACGAGCACAAGGACAACAUUGGAUCACAGCUGUUGCUCAACUGGUGUGUCCAAAUCGCCAAGGGGAUGAUGUACCUGGAAGAGAGGAGGCUGGUCCACAGGGACCUGGCGGCCCGGAACGUGCUGGUGAAGUCGCCCAAUCACAUCAAGAUCACCGACUUCGGCCUAGCGCGGCUGCUUGACGCCGAUGAGAAAGAGUACAACGCAGACGGGGGCAAGGUUGGUAUGCCCAUUAAAUGGAUGGCUCUGGAAUGCAUUCACUACAGGAAGUUCACCCAUCAGAGUGACGUGUGGAGUUAUGGAGUGACCAUCUGGGAGCUGAUGACAUUCGGAGGCAAGCCGUAUGACGGCAUCCCCACACGAGAAAUCCCAGACAUCCUGGAGAAAGGGGAGCGCUUGCCCCAGCCGCCCAUUUGCACCAUAGACGUCUACAUGGUCAUGGUCAAAUGCUGGAUGAUUGACGCAGACAGCAGACCAAAGUUCAAGGAGCUGGCUGCUGAGUUCUGCAGAAUGGCCCGUGACCCUCAGCGAUACCUGGUCAUUCAGGGAGACGACCGCAUGAAGCUUCCCAGCCCCAAUGACAGCAAGUUCUUCCAGAGCCUCCUGGACGAGGAGGACCUUGAUGACUUGAUGGAUGCAGAGGAAUAUCUGGUGCCUCGAGGUUUCAACAUGGCUCCUCAGGCGUAUACAACCAGGCCUCGAGUUGACUCCAACAGAAACCAGUUCGGCUAUCGAGACGGUGGUCCAAACCCUGCAGAGGGCUCCGUGGCGGGUGCCCAAGCCUGCGUGAACCAGGAGGCAGCGGGUGGCUCGGGACAAGCCCUGGAGGACCAGCGCUGUAACGGGAGCCUGCAUAAAAAGAGCCUGGGCCAGGCCGGGGGAGAGGACAGCGGGGGCCAGAGGUACAGCGCUGACCCCACAAUCUUCCUCGGGGAGAGGACCUCCAGAGGAGAUACUGAUGAGGACGGAUACAUGACCCCUAUGAAGGACAAGAGCUCCUCAGAAUACCUGAAUCCCAUUGAGGAGAACCCAUUUGUCUCACGACGUAAAAACGGUGAGAUCCAUGCCUUGGACAACCCGGGCUACCACAGUACACCCAACAGUCAGCCCAAAGGAGAGGAUGAGUACAUCAACGAGCCCCUCUACCUCAAUACCUUCCACAGCCCCGCUGAGCUGGGCCUGGAAGUCCUGAGGAGAAAUGGUCUGCCCCUUCCCACUCAGCCUCCUUCUUCCAUCUCUGCCACAACCUCAGGCUCCCACCUCCCACUUACUAUCCAGACCAGCCUGCCCCACUACCCCCUCCCAACGGCCCAGCCCUCUCCAUCUGGCAUACCUUGCCACCACGGCCCACCAGCCCACAUCCUCCACGCCCACCACACCGUUAAACCUGCAGGACAACCUGGCAAUCCAGGUGGUGGCUCUGUCACUCAGAGCCAAACAGGAGCUACUGCCCAAUCCCAGGUGUGCCAGUCAGGUGCCCUGUCCACUUCGGCCACCAUUGGGCACGGUAGCCUGCCAGCCUACCAGAUCCACGGAACCACGCACCCCGCCAGCAUGCUGAAGCACGGAGGACAGAUGUCAGGUAAAGCCAGUGGGAAGAAGCUCAAGGUGACCUUUGACAAUCCAGAAUACUGGCAGCACAGCUUGCCUCCCAAAUCAUCUAACCAGGCGGCCCCUGAUGGCGCCCAGGGAGGUUCCACCAAUGCCAAACUCUUCUAUAAGCAGAACGGACACAUACGGCCGGCGGUAGCUGAGAACCCUGAAUACAUGUCAGAGUUUUCCCUGAAAUCUGGCACCGUCUUGCCACCUCCUCCUUACCGACAGCGGAACACUGUGGUCUAGAUUGUUCCACUUGACUAAUGUUCCUCAGUCUGACUCUAACCUCCAACAACCCCGACAUCCUCUCCGGUUCCACUGUCCCACACAGAGGGGAGCGGACACAACCAGAGCUGCCCCCAACUCUUUUCAAAUAGCGUGCCAUCUGCUGUAGACCGUAGCGACAUCAGAAGGAGGUGGACCGAACCGAACCAAGCAGACCCAGCUCAGACUCAUGCCCCUUCAGUAUAUCCAAUCCAGUCCAUUUCUGUUCUGUAGAUAGAGACUGCGCUCCAAGUCACUGAGAAUGUGAAGGUUAUGGUAGUUUUUGGCGAAAUAAUGGACGCAUGACUGUCACAGAGCAGUGGACGUACUGUUUCAUGUUGCCCCAGCAUGGUAGACAACAACAGCGUCAAACAAGAUGGAUUCAAUUAGGGACCUGAACUCACUGCCAGCCACUGCGGUGUCAGAUUCAUAGGAGAAACAAGAUGUAUUAUUCUGAGGAUGAACAAUAUUCUGCUAAGUGUUUCUGAAAUAAGCAAACACAGAGCAAAUAUGCCCUGUUAGAUGACAAGAUGUCUGGUUUUGUGAAUGACCUUGUAGAUUGAGGCGAAGCAGAAACGAGGACACAGACACAUGGAGGACAAAAGACUGAAAGAUUUAGUCAGGGGAAUGACAUUGAGAAACACGAGAGAUGGAGCACUGAAAGCUGAUCAAUCAUAUUCAAUCUUUUUGCCUAUAGGAUUAUACUGUAUGUUCUUGAAUUUUCCAUCAAAUUUGUGAAACUCAUCUCAUCAUUCUACUGUAACUGUGAUACUGUGAUGGCCAAAACUACAGUGAUCUCUGCUUUCAACCAUGGACUUCUAACUUGCCCGAAAACACACAGGGUGACUGCUGUUUUGGUGUUUUUGCCUGAUUGCUGUCUACUUGGAAAAACUGAUCAAAAGCAGCUGUUUCCAAGCCAAAGGGUAUAAGGGAAAAAUACACUGUAAACAUUUUUCUAUACACUGGUUGCAGUGCUUAUAAGAUGGAUUUUUAUGCACUGGUUUUCCGAUUCGGAUCAUGAAGCUAACUUAGAUGAGUUAAGAGUGUCUUGCUGUUAGAGUGGGAGGGUAGUUAGGGAAAUUGCUGUAUCUGCUAAAUAGUGUGAUAAGACCAUCCAUAAAGCAGCUGAACUCAAAAUGGUGAUCAUAGAGUCAGAGGGAGUGAGCAAAAGAGGGAAAGAAAAUCUACAAAGAGGGGAGGGAAAGUUCAAACAAGCCGCCUAAUGAAGACCUCAAGGAAUGAUCAAGACAGCACCAGCAGAGCACAGUAAAAACAGACUACUUUUUGUGUAUGUGUGUCCAUGUGUAUAUCAGUGUGAAUGAGAUGGAAGUGUGUGUGUGUGUGUGUUCUCAUAUAUGCGAGCCAGUUUUGUAGAGACAUCUGUGGAAACAGAGAUGUGGUAGAAGUCAGUGAUGAUGCGGUCAACAGCUAAAAACCUUUAGUACCACCACCAACCAACAGUAGAUUCAAGACUGGCCUGACCUCAAACUAGGCUUCUACUAUACGUCUGCACAUACACUGCAUUUUUAAUGUUACUGGUUUGAAUCAAAAGCUCAUUGGGUCGUCCAACAGUAUCAAAUCUCUGGGAGCUUCUCAUAAUUUUAGAUGGUCUUCAACUGUCUUGUGGUUUUCCAUUGGAUCAGUCAAAGUUCAGAUCGUAAGAAUUUAUAACUGUGCCAAAAUUCAUAUGUUCAGAAAACAGAGUUUGUCUUUACAUGACAUGACAUGACUAUUAUGCUGAAUGGACCUAUAUAUAUCAUAGCCGUGCUGAGUUUUGUGCAGAGAUUCACCACUUCUGAACCCACCCCUCUCUAUGGCAGCAGGCUUAGACAGGGUACUGAUAUAAAUAGGGAGUGGGUCCAGCCUUCAAAAGCAAUUUUUUGCUACUGUAUCUGUGUUUGUAUUUGUUCACAAUUCAUCAGUGGCACCUUGCGCAUCAAGAGCCUGUUGUGAGCCUGACCAUCCUACAGCAAUGAUUCAUUUGGCUCGGUCUAAGAUGGCAGACCUGCACAAUUUAAAACCAUUUCUUUAUUAUAUAACUGUUACAUUAUAUAACUAGGAAAAAUAAAUAUAGAUUGAGACCACAUCUGUGUUCUCAUUAGACAUUUACCCAAACGUUAGUAGUAAUAGUUCUGCCAUUCUAACAGUGUAUUUCCAAGGUAAUAUUAAAUCUUGUGAUCCAGUAUCUGCUUGUAGCAGAUACAUGCACAUGGUUACAGUUAGGGAGAGAUAAUGGUCUUUGUUUAGAGACAUGACAUGUUUACUCUAUUACAUUCUAUCUAAACCCUAUUCUAGCAUUACUCCCAGCCAAAAUUGUUUUGUUUCCGAGAUCUAACCACAUUCAGGAUGCGAAGCUCAGUCUCCAGUGGCUAAGUACUCAUCCUUUUGAGGGUCAUUGGGGGAGCUGGAGCCGGUCCUAGCUAACACUGGGUGAGAGGCGGGUGUCCAGUCUGUCACAGGGCCGAUUUAUAGAAAUAACCAGUCACACUCACAUUUACAUAUACGGGUAGUUUAGAGCCACCAAUUAACCUAAUUGCAUGUCUUUGGACUGUGAGUUGAAAAUGAUCCAGGUAACUGUUAUAUUUCAUGCCACAACAUACAAUAUAACCUAAUUGCGAGGAGACAGGGUUGAACCUUCACCUAAAUGUUAUCAUCUUAGUUGCUUCUCAGUUGUUGUUUUUUUUUCAUAGAAGCUUGUUGCCUGUUAUUGAUAGUAGUUAAUGUGCCAAUUUACAACAUAUUAUAACAAGGUUUAGAAAGUUUUCCGUUCUUUUUUUCAACUGCAACUUUUUUUUUUGCACUUUUCCCAACACUAGAUUUUAGUUAAUGCAAGUAGAAUCUAGUCACUAUUCGACCAUGCUUCAGAUCCAUCUCUUCCUAGCCAAGAGUGAUAUCCUCAAAAGUAUCCCAACUGAGUUCUACUCUUGAGAUCGCCAAUAGAGCACUGAUUGCCCCUUUACUCCCAAGAGAACAGUUCUAACCCUCACUACUGAUGCCUCUGUGGGCAAACUGCCAGUCAGUGCUGCUAAAAGCGCUGGUGUUACAGCCAUUAUUUCUUCCACCAAGCCAUACAGAACACCUGUGGGUGGGAAAACACCGCAAAGCUUGCCAAACUUGGAAGAUCAAGACAAACAUUUUGUACUGUUGGUUUCGCCUCAGAGGUCCUCUCACUAGAAUCACAUCUUAGUUCAAUGAACAUGAACAAAUUCUUGUCUUUCUGGAAUCUAUAGCAAGACUGACAUUUCCCAGCCAUUAUCUGCAGAACAUUAACAUUGCUUCAACAGCUUUUCAUCAUUCUGCCGUGGCAGAGUCCUGUCCUAGCUGUUUUCUUGUGUAGGAUAUUUAUUUUGUGUAUUUUUAUGUCUGUGAAAGUGUUCGUCUGAGUGUAUGCACAUGGCAAAGCUGUAUAUGCUUGUCCUCCCCAUGGAGCACUUUGAUCAAACAAGCGGGUAGAAAGAAAGGAUUUCCACCCAUCGUUACUGAAAUAUUCAACUUGUUUAUCUGGUCGUUUACCACUUAAGAAAGCAAAAAGCUUUUGCAGAAGUCAAAGGAAGGUACGACAGCCAGGAGAUCAUAAACACAACAUGUUUAGGUGAUACUGGCCAGCUUCAAGAAUGUCCUUGUUUCCAUGUUUUUUGUUAGCUUCAAACAGUAUUUAUAAUGCUGCUUUGAUGAUAUCAUGAUUAUUUGAUGAAGGAGUAUUUUGUAGUCCCUUUUGGAGCUCUAAUUCAAUGAAAUAGAGACAGCAUUUAAUAUCAAUGUAAAAUAUUUAUAGUGCGUUUGAGCUUGUUUAUACUGAGCGAUGGCAGCGGCUGCCAGAUUUGGGUUUCAAGAAGGAAAAAAUAGAAAGGACGAUGGUGGUAAAAAGAAAAACACAUGCCUUGGUUUCUCUCUCAUUUGCCCUAAAUUAUACUGCAGACCCAGGCAAAAUGUGUUUGAAUCAAGAAUAGAGUGAAACAUGAUGAGGCGAACGGCCUCACGUGUUCUCGAGAGGACUUAAGAGUAUACAAGACAUUUGGUAACCCUUUGCUUUUAAUCAGCGUUCAUUGUUAGAAAGGCUGAAAAACAUACCCGUACCUGAAGUUUGUCAGAUAUUGUUUUUGUCAUCCAAAAGCCUUGGCUUUUAAAGUUGUUUUCCAUUUGUAGAAACAGUCAUUUUUCCUCUCUACUGACUGAUUCUCAUUUCUUGUUUCAAACAUAUUUUGCCUUGGAGUUGGGCUGUGUUACCUGCUGCUAUUUGUCUCAGCUCUGAACACUCUUGUGGCCCGUGGCGGCUCAAGAGUGCACCAUGGUAACUGUCAUGUUUAAGACUAAACACUUUUUUUGUUAUUUUUACUUUUUACCGUUUCCUCCGAGCCAAGGUGCAGAGGCAUGUAGCCAUGUUGUACUGAAGUGAAUCCUUCAAUGUUUCAUCCUCAGCUACCGUAUAGGCUGCUACAGUCUAAUGUAUAGAAUAAUAUCACCUUGCAUGGUACCCAAAGUGAGUGUUUUACUGCCCUCCACCUUUGUAUCUCUUCAUUGAUGACAAUAUUAUAAUUCAAAUUUUCUGUCCAGAGUGGACAGCGUGGGAGGAAAUAACCUGAUAUUUUUACCGAAUUCAGUAGCACAAACUGGGAAUCCUUAUUUCUCAAAUCUUUCAUGGGAAUUUUUGUGUAUAAUAUCUUAUAUAGUCUUUUUAAUAAUAGGUUUUGGUUUUAAUUUUUCCAUAUUAUCAAGGAUGUUUUUCUUCAAGGAAAAAGAAUCUGUAUGAUUUGUUUUCCACUAACGUGUCGGUUACUGUACAUUCUUUGUCAUUCUAGCUGCAACUUUUAGUUCACAUCUUAAUUGCACAAAUCAUCGCCUGUGAGUGGACGUCGUUCAUUUUCUGUGUUUAAAUUAUCAGAUCAGUAUAAAUGUACAGAAUCUUUGGGGUUUCCUCCAAAAUUUAUCUAACACACUUCAACAACAAAUGUGAAUAGUAUUUUUAUAAAGCACUGAAAUGGCCGACGUGGUGAAUUUGUAAAUAAGGAGGCAAUGCUUUCAAUUUAUAUGGUCUUCUCUCCAACUGCUGUUUUCUCCUGCUUAUAACAACUUGUACAAAAAAAGAGCCGUACAUAUUUGCUUUAUGUAAGUGUACCUUUUGACUAAUGGGGAUUUGAUUUCAAAAGUGCUUGUUGACCCUUUCUCAUGUGAAUCUCUGUUUGGUGGCUUUGUGGCUGUCCUCAUGUAAUGUUUCAGUUUAGGUGGUGACGGUGGGUGGUGGGCAGGGUGGGGCAGAUGGGGUUGGGAGGGGGGGGUUGUUCAAUUCACCUGGUAUCUCUGUUUCGCUUCCCCAUGCCUGCCACAUUUCAUUUGUCACUCAGUAAUGAGAGCACCCCAGAACAAGCCUUUGUUUCCUCUUUAUCUCUUCUAAUUCUCAUAAAAACCGAAACCAGUGCUGCCAACUAACCUAGAUAAACUGUUUGGGAGUCAGUGUUACCUUCUCUGCUUACUUUCUACUGGAAAUAUUACUGAGCCAAGUCUGACCUCCUCCGCCUCUUUCCUGAAAGGCAGAGCACAGCCUUCACAACCUGUUCUCACUUCACUUCUGAUUUGUUUUUUUGCAUGCUUUUAGAGGAGACAUAGUGAAGAGAAGGCGUCAUCAGUGACUCCUCCUCACCUGCGUUAGCUUUCCAUACCUUCCCCCUGUGUCCCCUUAUCUAUAUCUCUGAGUUCUUUGAAACCAUACCCAAAGCUUUAUAUCAUAGAAUACCGUUCCUCAUGUUUGUUACAUGAAUCUGUCAAAAGUAUAUUUUUAAUUUAAUAUAAAUAAAGAUCGAUUCAGUAUAU